AUGCCCAAAAAUGCUACUAUCGCCAAGUUCAUUCAAAAUGAACUUGACGCUGAACGCGAGAAAGUAGCCUUGCUUCACCAACAAGGUUCUCAACAAGCAGAGUUGUUGAGAGAACAGGGUGCUCAACAGUUUGAACUGUUGAGACAGCAGCAGGCUGCUGCUGGUGGGUCGAUGCACUCGCGUCGACCCGAAACCUUGAAGAUUGACAUCUCCAAGUAUAGGGGAGUCGAAGAUGAAUCCCUCUUGAGAUGGUUCGUCGGAUUGGAUGACGUCAUAAGGGCGCGUCGCAUCGACGACGGGGAUAUGCAAGUUGCAUUUGCCCAGUCAAAUCUGGCAGGACGUGCCAAGACUUGGGCACUGGGGCUCAAGUAG